CCCUCUCCUCUCCUCCUCCUCUCUUUUAGAAGCAGCGGUCGGAGAUGGAUGUCUCUCUUUGCCCAGCCAAGUGUAGUUUCUGGCGGAUUUUCUUGCUGGGCAGCGUCUGGCUGGACUAUGUGGGCUCCGUGCUGGCGUGCCCGGCGAAUUGUGUCUGCAGCAAGACGGAGAUCAAUUGCCGGCGGCCGGACGAUGGGAACCUCUUCCCCCUCCUGGAAGGGCAGGAUUCGGGGAACAGCACCGGGAACGCCAGCAUCAACAUCACGGACAUCUCCAGGAACAUCACUUCCAUACACAUAGAGAACUGGCGCGGCCUGCACACGCUCAACGCCGUGGACAUGGAGCUCUACACGGGCCUGCAAAAGCUGACCAUCAAGAACUCAGGACUCCGGAGCAUCCAGCCCAGAGCCUUUGCCAAGAACCCCCACCUGCGCUACAUAAACCUGUCGAGUAACCGGCUCACCACACUCUCAUGGCAGCUCUUCCAGACGCUGAGUCUUCGGGAAUUGAGGUUGGAGCAGAACUUCUUCAACUGCAGCUGUGACAUCCGCUGGAUGCAGUUGUGGCAGGAGCAGGGGGAGGCCAAGCUGAACAGCCAGCACCUCUACUGCAUCAGCGCCGAGGGCUCCCAGCUGCCCCUGUUCCGCAUGAACAUCAGCCAGUGUGACAUCCCGGAGAUCAGUGUGAGCCACGUGAACCUGACCGUGCGGGAGGGCGACAACGCUGUCAUCACGUGCAAUGGCUCUGGCUCGCCCCUGCCCGAUGUGGACUGGAUGGUCACCGGGCUGCAGUCCAUCAACACCCACCAGACAAACCUGAACUGGACCAAUGUGCACGCCAUCAACCUGACGCUGGUCAACGUGACGAGCGAGGACAACGGCUUCUCCCUGACGUGCAUCGCAGAGAACGUGGUGGGCAUGAGCAACGCCAGCGUCGCCCUCACCGUCCACUACCCUCCGCGCGUGGUGAGCCUGGAGGAGCCCGAGCCGCGCCUGGAGCACUGCAUCGAGUUCAUGGUGCGCGGCAACCCGCCGCCAACCCUGCACUGGCUGCACAACGGGCAGCCCCUGCGCGAGUCCAAGAUCAUCCGCGUGGAGUUCUACCAGGAGGGCGAGGUGUCCGAGGGCUGCCUGCUCUUCAACAAGCCCACCCACUACAACAACGGCAACUACACCCUCAUCGCCAAGAACCCGCUGGGCACCGCCAACCAGACCAUCAACGGCCACUUCCUCAAGGAGCCCUUCCCAGAGAGCACGGAUAACUUUGUCUCCAUCUAUGAAGUGAGCCCCACACCGCCUAUCACUGUGACCCACAAGCCAGAGGAAGACACUUUUGGGGUGUCCAUCGCCGUCGGGCUCGCCGCCUUUGCCUGCGUGCUGCUGGUGGUUCUCUUUAUCAUGAUCAACAAGUACGGCCGACGGUCCAAAUUUGGAAUGAAGGGUCCCGUGGCUGUCAUCAGCGGGGAGGAGGACUCGGCCAGCCCGCUGCACCACAUCAACCACGGCAUCACCACGCCCUCGUCGCUGGACGCCGGGCCCGACACGGUGGUCAUUGGCAUGACCCGCAUCCCGGUCAUCGAGAACCCCCAGUACUUCCGUCAGGGGCACAACUGCCACAACCCCGACACAUACGUGCAGCACAUCAAGAGGCGCGACAUCGUGCUGAAGCGGGAACUGGGCGAGGGCGCCUUUGGGAAGGUCUUCCUGGCCGAGUGCUACAACCUCAGCCCGACCAAGGACAAGAUGCUGGUGGCCGUGAAGGCCCUGAAGGACCCCACCCUGGCCGCCCGGAAGGACUUCCAGAGGGAGGCGGAGCUGCUCACCAACCUGCAGCACGAGCACAUCGUCAAGUUCUAUGGCGUGUGCGGCGAUGGGGACCCGCUCAUCAUGGUGUUUGAGUACAUGAAGCACGGAGACCUGAACAAGUUCCUGCGGGCCCACGGGCCAGACGCCAUGAUCCUUGUGGACGGGCAGCCGCGCCAGGCGAAAGGCGAGCUGGGACUCUCGCAGAUGCUGCACAUCGCCAGCCAGAUCGCCUCGGGCAUGGUCUACCUGGCCUCCCAGCACUUCGUGCACCGGGACCUGGCCACCCGGAACUGCCUGGUGGGGGCCAACCUGCUGGUGAAGAUCGGAGACUUCGGCAUGUCCCGGGACGUCUACAGCACCGACUACUACAGGCUCUUUAAUCCAUCUGGAAAUGAUUUUUGUAUAUGGUGUGAGGUCGGAGGUCACACCAUGCUCCCCAUCCGCUGGAUGCCCCCCGAGAGCAUCAUGUACCGGAAGUUCACCACGGAGAGCGAUGUGUGGAGCUUCGGGGUUAUCCUCUGGGAGAUCUUCACCUAUGGCAAGCAGCCCUGGUUCCAGCUCUCCAACACGGAGGUCAUUGAGUGCAUCACCCAAGGCCGCGUGUUGGAGCGGCCCCGAGUCUGCCCCAAAGAGGUGUAUGACGUCAUGCUUGGCUGCUGGCAGCGGGAGCCGCAGCAGCGGCUCAACAUCAAGGAGAUCUACAAAAUCCUCCACGCGUUGGGGAAGGCCACCCCCAUCUACCUGGACAUCCUCGGCUAGGCCCGCGGCGGCUGUGGUCACGGAGUCUUGCCUGUUGCCUCCUCUCUCCAGCCUCACACGCCCCCCCGCCACCUCACAGCCCCUUCCCCGCCCUUGACUGAAGCGAACAUCUUCAUAUAAACUCAAGUGCCUGCUACACAUACGACACUGAAAAACGGAAAGAAGAAACCCUGUAAGGCAGUUGGCGUCUAUAUAUAUAUAUAGAUAUAUAAUAUAUAUAUUUAUAUACCUACUAUCUAUCUAUAUCUACAGAGAGAUCCCUUCUCUAAUCCCCAGAGAAGCUGCUAACACAGAAACCACAGGACUACAACGACAACUCAGAAAAUCGUCAACAUGACGAACACAGACAGAAGUUCCCUUUGACUUAAGCUGUGGCCCGUGCCUCCUCGGCUCUGGCUUUUUGGGGCGGAAGACCUGGACGAUGCACAGAGACGGGGGCUGGGAGGAGCUGGGUGGACCCCGGUCCUCCGCACAGGGGGGCUGCACUCCAGCCCUGCUCAGCAAGGACCGCGCUGGACCUGGGCCUCUGUCUCCCCUGGCCACGCCCCCAAGCCUUCCCUCUUCCGGGGACCUUCGUCUCCUCCAAGACCCUUUUUCUACUGGAAAGUGUCGUCCGGAUGCCUCCGGGAGCCGGCGAUGGUGCCCACACACUGAGCAAAGAGCAACAAGGACACGCAGGCGGCCACAGCGUCUCCCGUGUAACCCACGCCCUAGGGAACUGUCGUCUGUCCUCGGAGCAUCAAGAACUGGCGGGCUUUCUGGACUGACAGGCCCACCGAGGAGCGAGCUGUGACCCCGGCCCACCUUGAGGCACUGCCCUGCCUUUCAUCACCCGAGGGACUCCCGGGCCCCGCCUCCCACACUCAGGCCUUCGGGGCGUUGGGGUCAGGGCAGGGACGUGCCCAUGUUGUCUCCACACAUGGAUACAGAGGGUCUCAGCAGCGGGAGACUUCAUCCUUGUCCGUCCUGAUGAGAUGUGCCCCUCUGGGUCCUCUGCUUCCCCCGGAUCCUGGCCCCACCUCCUGGGCGUCUCCCGAGUCGGCGGUGAACCCGCGGCACAGGCCCUGGCAUGCUCCUCGCGUGUUGGGCCCUGGGCGGAUUGAUGCGUCUGCCUGCCUGGGAGCUGCCGUGGAUGCCCAGGGGCUGAGAAAUCGCCGUGGGGGUGGGUGGGGGCGGGGCUUCUCUGGGAGAGGCCAGUGCGUGGCCAGUGCUGCAGGCCCCGCGUCCUCAUCGAGCCCUGCUCAGGGACAGAAUGAGACACCUGGGCCGGCGCCCGCUCCCCUGCCUGCCCUCCCGGCUGCUGCUGUCCAGGACUGAGGGCCACAGAGCUGGGACCACAGCCCCACGGAGCCUCCUGCUGGGGAGGCCAGGGUGCACCCCUCCGGACCACCUCACCCCAAGCACAGAUCCACCUCACGGACUGGUCACUGCCCAUUGGGGCCUCCGGGGGCCUCUGGUCUGCCCCCUGCCCUGUCCGCCGGAGGGACCGUCCUCAUCGGGGCGCCUGGUCACCUGCAGCGUGGGCCUCCCGGUGUGGAGCUCGGGACUGACUUCUGUGUUUGUGAUUUCCCUUCUUUUUUUAGACCAACACGUGUUUGUAUUCUAACAGAAGAGCUGUGCUCAGACUGUCGGCUGUGGGGAUGGGGAGGGGCUGCUCAGCUGGGCUGGGGGGGUGCUGGAGCUUGUCGGGGGUUUUCUCGGUGCCCGGUGCCCAGCCCUGAGGGCUUCUGAGGGGAGCGCUUUGGAUUGACUCCCCUGCUGUCCUGUGGCAGUGACCCCCUCCACGGGAGGCCCUCGGGCGCUGUGGGCUGGUGGGGCUGCACGCAGGGUGCAGUCGGGGUUAGGGCUGGUGGCUCAGGGCGUCGUCUGCCUGGACCGGGUCACUGGGGCCCGAGGGAAAGUGUCAGCUGCCUGUCGUGAGAGCAGAAGAGAAAGGGUGGCGGACGGGGGGCGGGGGCACCUCACGCUUAUUGCUCUUGCUGGGCUGUGUAGAGUCUGCUUUACAUGGUGGCCUGUGAGCCUUGGCAACUGAAACCAUCCAGGGGUUUGGAUCGGGAAGGAGGUGGGGAGAGCGCUGGGAAUGGAGGGGGCUGGGGGGCUCUGGAGGGGGAGGGGCAUGCGUACUCCUCCUGUAGCGAGACAGGGCGUGGACUCAUCGUGCCGUGACUCAGUUUCCCCACCUGCAAGAGGAGGGGUGUGCUUGCUGAUCUCUGGCCCCAUAUACCUCUUAAACCAUUGGAUUCUAA